CGCGGCUCGGCUCGGCUCGGCUGGGCCAGCCCCCUGCGCCUCCCCGCCACGCCAUGGAGAGGAGCCGCGCUGGGCGGGAGCCGCAGCCCCAGCCCCAGCCCCAGCCCCAGCCGGCCCAGGGGAAGCCACCGUCCCCGAUGGGAGACAGCGUUCCCCUCCCGGCCUCGCCUGCGGGUGCCCUGCAGGGGGAGCGCACCCCCCCGCACCAUGACCUGCCCGUCCCUGCGGCCGUGGUCCCCUCGGCGCAGCCCCUGUCUCCCAUCCCUGUAUCCAUCACCCCUUCGGAAGAGCCCGUCUCAGCCGCCCCUGCAGCCCUGACCCCCCCCCAGCACCCCAUCGGUCCCCACACCGUCGGGAGCACCCCCCCGCAGCGUGACCACCCCGUUCCUGCAGCCGCUGCACUGCCAGGGCAGCCCGGGCCCCCCAGCCCUGCAGCCUCCUCAGCAGAGAGUGCCCCCCCUCGGCCCCUGCCCGCACCCCCCCUGCCCAUGACGGAGCACCCCAAGGCAGAGGCAUCACCCCCCGCCCCCAGCCAGCCGGUCCCCAUCCACGCUGCUGCCCCUUGCCCAGCAGAGACCCUGCCCCAUGGGAGCGAACCCCCAGCCCCCGCUGCCAGUGAAGGGCCCCCCCCCAGUGCCAAGACCCCCGUGUGUGGCACAGCCGGGCCCUCGAAGGAUGCCCCCCCCCGGAGCGACCGCCCCACUGCGGCUGCAGCCUCACCAGCAAGUGCCGCCAGCCCCAGGCCCAAGCAAGAUGCCCAGAAAGCACAGGCGAGGCACAAGCAGGCAAAGGAGCGGCGCGAGGAGCGAGCCAAGUACCUGGCUGCCAAGCGGGCGCUGUGGCUGGAGAAGGAGGAGAAGGCCAGGCUGCUGCGGGAGAAGCAGCUGGAGGAGCGCCGCAAGCGCCUGGAGGAGCAGCGGCUGAAGGCAGAGAAGCGCCGCGCGGUGCUGGAGGAGCGGCAGAGGCAGAAGAUGGAGAAGAACAAGGAGCGCUACGAGGCAGCGAUCCAGCGCUCGGCCAAGAAGACGUGGGCAGAGAUCCGGCAGCAGCGGUGGUCCUGGGCUGGAGCCCUGCACCACGGUUCUCCUGCACACAAGGAUGGUGCGAGCCGGUGCUCGGUGUCCGCUGUAAACCUCCCCAAACACGUCGACUCUAUAAUCAACAAGCGGCUCUCCAAAUCCUCCGCCACCCUCUGGAACUCUCCCAGUAGAAACCGGAGCCUGCAGCUCAGCCCGUGGGAGAGCAGCAUCGUGGACCGGCUGAUGACACCCACCCUGUCCUUCCUCGCACGCAGCCGCAGCGCCGUGACGCUGGCUGGGAACGGCAAGGAGCAGGUGCCCGUGUGCCCGCGCUCGGCCUCCGCCAGCCCCCUCAGCCCCUGCCACAACCACCGCCUGCAGCACCGCUGCUGGGACAGGCGGAAGGGGACCACGGUCAGCCCCGAUGUGACGCCGCGCCGCAGGACCGAGGCCUCGCCGAAGAAGAAGGAGAAGAAGGAGAAGGAUCGGGAGAACGCCAAGGAGCGCAGCGCCCUGUCCCGCGAGCGCAGCUUCAAGAAGCGGCAGACGCUGCCGGCGGCACAGCCCCGGCUCCUGCCCGCUGCCGACAGCAGCCCCGGCCCCAAGAACCGCCCCUCAUCCCCUGCCACCCCCAAAACCCGUCCGGCGUCCCCCAGCCCGGCCCUCGGCUCUCCCCACAAGCCGCCCCUGCCCCGCAGCACCCACUCCUCUCCCAAGGUGCGGGCCAGGGCUCGGGAGGAGCGGGGGGAGCAGGAGAACCAGGUGAAGGUGCGGGACAGGAAGGAGGAGGAGCGGGGCCCGGCCCCCCCGGCCCUCCCCGAGCCCCCCAAGGCUCCGGCAGAGCCAGCAGCAGCCCCCCCGGCCCCUGCAGCCCCCAGCCCCGCUCCAGCCACCCCCCCGGGCAGAGCCCCCGCCGGCACCACGGACCGGGAGGAGGCUGCGCGGCUGCUGGCGGAGAAGCGGCGCCAGGCGCGGGAGCAGCGGGAGCGGGAGGAGCGGGAGCGCCGGGAGCAGGAGGAGCAGCAGAGGCGGCUGCAGGAGGAGCGGGCGCAGCGGGCGGCCGAGGAGCAGGCGCGCAGGGAGGCCCUGGCGCGGCAGCGGGAGGAGGAGCGGCGGCUGCAGGAGGAGCGGGAGGCCCAGGAGAGAGCACGGGCGGAGCGGGAGGAGACGGAGCGGCUGCAGAGACAGAGGGAAGAGGCCGAGGCCAGAGCACGCGAAGAGGCCGAGCGGCAGCGGCUGGAGCGCGAGAAGCACUUCCAGCGCGAGGAGCAGGAGCGGCUCGAGAGGAAGAAGCGCCUGGAGGAGAUCAUGAAGAGGACGCGCAAGUCCGACGCAGCAGAUGCCAAGAAGAAGGAGGACAAGAAGGCGGUGAAUGGCAAAGCAGCCGAGCAGGAUGAUGCCUCAGGCCGCGAGAAGCACGCGGGGCCCAUGUCAAAGCAGGAGGAGCUCCCCGAGAUGGAGACACCGAGCGCAGGGACCCCGGGGGGGCUGAAGGGCCUGGUGGGUGAAGGGCUGCAGCCAAGCUCCCCAGCCAAGGAGGUGGCGGCCCCGGCUGCCCUGGUGAAUGGCGUGCAGCCCGGCAAGCACGAGAACGGCUUCUCGGGCCCGGAGGGCUCCAAGGAGCUGCUGGAGCUCUCCCACCACAGCAGCAGCCCCGGCAGCAUCAUCCCCUUCGGUGACAAGGAGCCCUUCCUCAAGCAGGCCGUGGUGAAGCCCCCCCAGGUCACAGAGGUGCUGUGAGGCCGGGGCUGGGGUCUGUCCCCGCUGGGCCACCCAGCCGGACCCGUGGCUGUUGUCAGAAGAAACCGCCUCGC